CGUCGUCCUCUUCCUGAGCAUCAUGGAGAGUCUGGAGAAGCAGCUGAUCUGCCCCAUCUGUCUGGAGAUCUUCACCAAACCUGUGGUCAUCCUGCCAUGUCAGCACAACCUCUGCAGGAAGUGUGCCAGCGACAUCUUCCAGGCGUCCAAUCCCUACCUGUCCACCCGCUCCGGCUCCACAGUGACAUCUGGUGGUCGUUUCCGCUGCCCGUCUUGUCGCCAUGAGGUGGUGCUGGAUCGCCACGGCGUCUACGGACUGCAGAGGAACCUGCUGGUGGAGAACAUCAUCGACAUGUUCAAACAGGGAACUGCCAGCAGUAAACCGGCUCCAGAACCAAAGCUUGAAUCACCGAUGUGUGAGGAGCAUGAUGGCGAGAAGCUCAACAUCUACUGUGUGACCUGCGGUGUCCCCACCUGCUCCCUCUGCAAAGUGUUUGGAGGCCACAAAGACUGCGAGGUCGCUCCACUCAACAGCAUCUUCCAGAAACAGAAGGCUGAGCUGACGGACUGCAUCUCAUUGCUGGUGGGGAACAAUGAGCGGACUCAGGCGGUCAUCAGCCAACUGGAGGAAACGUGCCGAGCUGUUGAUGUGAACGGUCGCAGACAAAAGUCAAAGGUGUGUGAGAUGUUUGACCACCUUUUUGCCAUCCUUGAGGACAGGAAGGGUGAGAUGACGCUGAGGAUUAACGCUGAGCAGGAAGAGAAACUGGACUACAUCCGAGGCCUGAGGAAGAAGUACAAGGAGCACCUGGAUGCCACAGCCAAGCUGCUGGAGACAGCCAUCCAGACCAUGGAAGAGUCUGAGAUGGUUGUCUUCCUGCAGGCGGUGAAGUCUCUUCUGCAGAAGAUUGUUGAGGGGACAAACACGUCUCAUCUGGACAAAGUGCAGCGCGGCUAUGAGAGCAUGGACCAUUUCACUGUUGACUUUGAGCAACAGAAAAGGGCGCUGAUGAAUGUCGACUUUGUCAAAAGUGAUGAAGAUGAUGAUGAUGAAGAGGAUGAAGUCAUGGAGGGAAGAGGAACAACUCCAGGAAAGCGCACUGAGCAAGCAGUUGCUGCUGGACUGCCUACCAACCAACUGCCAUCACAACCACAGCAGCCUCCUCAGCAGGCGACACCGAAAUCCACAGAGAUUGUGACUCCUCAGACAAAAAGCCAAAACUCCAUCUCAGUGAGUCAGGCUGCAUCUCGAGAGUCCAGACCCACCUCCAGCCCUGCUGCCGGAACCAUCACCGGAACCACCACCAGUCCCACCACUGGCCCCAUUGCCAGCCCCACUGCCGGAACCAUCACUGGACCCAAUGCUAGACCCACCGCCAUACCCACUGCUGGACCCAUUACCGGAUCCAAUGCCAGACCAAUUGCUGGAACCACUGUUGGACCCACCAACAGCCCCACUGCUGGCCCCACCACCGGACCCACCAACAGUCCCACUGCUGGUCCAGCCAACAGUCCCACUGCUGGCCCCACCAACGGUCCCACUGCCUGUCCAACCAACAGUCCCACUGCUGGCCCCACCACUGGACCCACCAACAGUCCCGCUGCCGGUCCCGCCAACAGUCCCACUGCUGGAACCACUGCCGGUCCCACCACUGGAACCACUGCCAGCCCCUCCCCAUCUGAGCAGCAAAGUGAUCCAGAGGACAAGGAUGGACCACGGCACGUUUUCUCCUUCACCUGGCUCAACCAGAAAUAACACGACAGCAAGUUAGUCCUCGUCAGGAUCCAGAAUCCUCUGCAGUCUGUGUCAUGGCAGCUGUGUUUACAUGGAGCCAAACAACAGGAGGAAAAUUUAAACUGUGAGAAAGUUACGGAGCAGGCAAAACCUGGUCAGCGAGAAAAUCUAAUCUGUUUGAUUA